UUUUUCUCAGCCGGGUUUUUGGAGUUCACUGAAGAAACUGCUGGUUAAAUCUUGCUGGGCAGCAUGAGUUGUUCAGGCUGCCCAUUUAAAUCCUGUUUUAGUAGUAGAACACAGAGAGAGCUGAUUUAGCUGGGUUUGAUAUUUGAGUGGGAGAAACAGCAGGAGGAGCUGGCAGACUGCUGAGGAGUUAAUCAUGACUGCUAACGAGGAGCAGGAGAUGGAGUUGGAGGCUCUGAGGUCAAUUUAUGAAGGAGACGAGUGUUUCAAAGAGCUCAGCCCUGUGUCCUUUCAGUUCAGGGUUGGAGACCAUGACGAGUCCAAAUCAUUCCUACUGGAUGUCUCAUGGCCAGAGACGUAUCCUGAAACCGAACCUCAUUUAUCCCUAGAUGCCUUUUUUAACAACAGAAUCUCUCCAGAUAUCAAGCAGCUAAUACUCUCUAAGCUGCAAGAGCAGGUGGAGUUAAACCUGGGCACUGCAAUGAUGUACACACUAUUUGAAUGGGCCAAAGAGAACCAGGAGAUGCUCAUGGAGAAUCACCAGCCAGUAGUGUCUGCUGUGACCCUGACCUCUAACACUGAGACAAAUAGUCCAGUGUCUGCCAUAAAGAAAAAGGAGAAGAAGGAACAACUAACAAAGGCACAGAAACGGAAAAUGAUAGGAAGAACUGAUAAUAAAGGCGAACUGCCCAGAGGUUGGAAUUGGGUUGAUGUUAUUAAGGUAAUUGGCUAUCAUGUGGCUUGAAUAUUUUAUCAGUUUAUGUUAUCUUUGUUUGUUGAAAAUGCAGAAACAUGCUGAUCACGUGCUCUUUUUUUUGUCUUGUUUGUAUGUUGCUGAUUUUCUCUCCUCCAAACAGCAUGUAAGUAUAUGCUUCAUGCCUUUCCCCUAUAUAUGUAGGCUUAUUGAUAUUGAUGUUUUUUAAGGAGACACCAUUUGUGAAGUAUGAUUAUUUUCACACUUUUUUGACUAAUGCAUUUGAUGAUUAACCUCCAUCACAGCUGAGCAAAACAGGAGGCAAGGAGGAUGGCUAGAAAAACAACCGCAGAAGGCUAAAUGAAUGGAAGGCGAUACGGAUGAAUGGACCAAUGGACACGGAAAGUCGGACAUGACUGGUUUUAAAGAAAGUUUAAAUGAGUUCUCUAGCCAUGAUUUCAAUACACUUGAAGCUACCGUUUUGUUUGUGUCACCAAUACAAGAAGACACAGAUAUGGAUGUGUCAAAAUGUCCUUUGCCACAAGGACAGACUUCUUAUAGUACUUUCACUAAAAUGGUAGUGACUUUUAAUGAGCGAAAUGCUGUUUAGUCAGCAUGAAAUUCAUGGAGUGUCUGAGAGAAAGACCAUGUUGAGGGAAGACUCAGGUCCAGUGUCUUCAAACUGAGAGGCUUUAUGUACCAUGUUAUCAGCCAGCCAGGCUGCAGUUCACAUAACACUGACAGCUAAAAAAUGAUAACAUUGACAUUUUAUGGUGCAGUGCAGUUUGAUCAGGUGACCUUCAGUUUGUAUUUGUACCUGUUUUUAGCCUGUUGCUUUCUCUUUUCAGUUAUUUAUUGUAGUACCUAUCUUGACACAAUAUUAAAAUCUUAUGGAAGUUUC